UAACCUUGGUCAUCUAUGUAUACAUAUAUGUAAUAUACAUACAAUGUAUAUGUAUGUAUUUCAUUAGAGUACGUUAGAGAAAACGAAACGUGUCAAACUUUGCUGACGUUGACGACUUUGAGGCUGGUUUACGUAAGAUGGAACAAAUUUCACAACCAGCUUCAAAAGAGGUUAUAUUUAAACUAAAGAUUUAUUUUCUUACUAUAAGAAACGCAUCAUAUUAUUAUCAUUAAAACAUUUUGUUGUCUUAAGUGAAAAGAUGACAUCGAAAAACAGUAACUGCAUUGUAUGGAUAGACUUGGAAUUAUCUGGUUUGGACAUAGAAAAAGAUACAAUUAUAGAAAUUGCUUGUAUCAUAACGGAUAAGGAUUUGAACAUAGCGAGUAAAGAGUUUAACGUGGUAAUUCAUCAACCGGAUACUGUUUUAGAAACAAUGGAUCAGUGGUGUAUCAAACACCAUACUCAAACAGGUUUAAUAAAAGAAUCCAAAUCUAGUCAAGUUAGUUUAAAAGAAGCAGAGCAAAUGUUAUUUAAUUUUUUAAGUAAUCAUGUUCCGAAAGGAAUUUGUCCAUUAGCUGGGAACACGGUUUACAUAGAUCGUAUUUUUUUGUGUAAAUUAAUGCCAUUGGUUAAUAAUUAUUUACAUUAUCGAAUUAUUGAUGUUAGUUCAGUUAAAGAACUUGCCAGCCGAUGGAAUCCAGUAACUUAUAUAAAUUCACCUAGAAAGAAGUUAUGUCACAGAGCUAAAAUGGAUAUCAAGGAAAGUAUACAAGAACUACAAUAUUACAAAGACAAAUUAUUUAUAACUGAACUAUCUUGAUCAAAUAUAUUUCAUUAUUAAAAUAUAAGAAAAUCAAAGUU